ACCAGUUCAAAGUCCGGCCGGGUGAAGGCUCGACUCGAGUAUGGCCGAGAGCUUAGACUGCACUGGGUGGCAGGGGCUCCGGUAGGCCCGCGGUUGGAAUUUUGGAGCUUCGGCCGGGUCAGGGUCAAAGACUCCUAUCGCCAUUGCUUCAGUACAGUUGAUUAUUCUUCAAAGAAUUAAUCUUUUGUUUCUUCUUUGAUCAAUCGGGCCGGUGUAAACCAAUUAGAAGGUCCUGACCAUUGACCAAAUGCCAAUACGACUCUUUCCAUCUAUCAACAGUGAUUACAUGUGGGCAUCUGAUCGAGUGAGGAGAGGAGACUAAUCAGACAUCCAGUUUCAUUGUAGAUGACCUUUAAUUUGACUACUAGGGUAUAUUUUCCCACAACCAAACAUGUCAUAAUCUUAUCACUCGAAUCAGCUGAGCGUUUUAGUACCUUUUUUUAUUUUAGUUACCAAACCAAAGUCAUAAUUUAUCAUAUUAGGGGUGGGGCCGUGGGGAUUAGAAAAUGACUUAGUCGUAUGUAAUACUCAUAAACCCACUACUAUAUAUAUUUGAAGUUAAUUGAUUAAUUACCUGGAUUCCAUUCCACCCCCUUUCCCUCCGUUAGAGCUCCCUGAACUGAAAGUGAUCGAGAAUAUAUAUAGCAUCUCUGCCACCAUAGAUAAAUGGCUUCAAUUACUUCUUCUUCUUCUUCUUCUUCUUCUUCUUCUUUCAGUAGUAACUGCGUGUACUACGGGCCAUGGGAGUACGACGUGUUCCUGUGCUUCCGUGGCGAGACGCGUGGCUCCUUCACCAGCCACGUCAUGGCCGCGCUGUCGGAGAAGAAGAUCCGGACCUUCAUCGACACCAUGCUCGGCAAAGGUGAGAGCAUAGCGGAGCUUCUUUCCGUUUUGAAGCGGUCGGCGGUGUCGGUGAUUAUAUUCUCCGAGAGGUUCGCCGACUCGCCCUGGUGCCUCGACGAGGUGGCCACAAUCGCCCGGAGCAUCAAGGAAUUCGGCCACCGUGUCAUCCCCGUUUUCUACAACGUUGACCCCUCGGAGGUCGACGGCGACACCGGAAGCUACGCCGCCAUGAUCGAGAAGGACGACGUCGCCGGUACGAAGGUGAAGUUGAAGUGGAGGGAUGCGCUCAAGGAAGUCGUCGAUAAGGCCGGCCUUACUUCCCACGAGUUUAGGUUGGACUCACAACUAAUAAAGGCAAUAGUCGACAAUGUGUUGAAAGAACUAGUCGAGAUGUCCCCAAGUCUAAAACCCAAAAAUUUAAUCGGCAUAGAUUCCCGAGUAUGGGAGGUAGAGCGAUUGCUCGACAUGAAUCGAUCCGACGACAUUCGCAUCAUCGGACUUUGGGGAAUGCCAGGUAUCGGCAAGACCACUCUAGCCAGAGCCCUAUACCAAAGACUCACAAAUAUCUCAAAAGAAGAUGGUAGUAAACAUUACUUCGUCCCAAACAUCAAUGCCAAGUGGAAAGGAGGGCAGGAGGACAACGACUUGGAAGGCCUCCAGAAGGAACUCUACUCCACACUCCUCUCUGAGCAAGACCAAAACAUCACUUGUCGCGAUUUGGAUACUAGCUACCGUAGGGCUCGCCUUUCUCGCCUGAAAGUGUUCAUUGUCCUUGAUGAUGUUGAAUACUGGUCUCAGCUCGAGCAGUUAUUGCUUGGAGAUGUGUUGAACCUCGCGAAGUUGUUUGCCCUAGGGAGCAGAAUUAUCGUUACGACGAGGAAUAGGAAAGUGUUGGAGUUUGCAAUGGCUAGGAUCUACCAUGUGGAGAGGCUCAACCCUCAGGAUUCUCUUCGUCUUUUCAGUUUAUACUCUUUUAGACGAGAGUUACCGCCAGAGGACAGAAGGUACCAAUCGGUUACCGCAGUGGGAUAUUGCCAAGGGAACCCCCUUGCACUUAGGGUGUUGGGGUGUACGUUGUUCAGGAAGAGCAAGAAUUAUUGGCAGAGUUUCCUGGAUGGAUUAAGGAAGAUUCCUAAACAGGAGAUUCACGGUGUUCUGAGAAGAAGCUACGAUGAGCUUGGAAGUGACGAGAAAAGGAUGUUUCUUGACAUUGCUUGCUUUUUCAGAAGGAAUUAUUCCAAGUCACAUUUGAUUAAGAUGAUGGCGUGUAGCUAUUACUCUGCUUACAGUCGAGUGGAGGACUUGAUCGAUAAGGCAUUGUUGAUAUGCGAUCACUCGUCUAGUGAUGAUGAUGAUGAUGAGAUGAUUGAGGUUCAUGAUUUGUUGCACGAGACGGCUUGGAUCAUCAUUGGAGAGGAAGCUGAGCUAGGAAACCGUAGUCGAAUUGAGAAUGCGGAUGACCUGCGCAAGUUAUUCACCACUUGGAAGGGUACAAGAGCGACAGAAGGUGUAAACUUGGACCUUUCAAAAGCAGAAGAGAUGCAUUUAGGAUCGGAUGCAUUUGUUGGGAUGGAUCGUCUUAGAUUUCUUAAAUUCUCAUGGCCAGAGUUGGCUUCAUCAUCAUCAUCAUCAUCGUCUUCGAAUCAACCGAUACAUCCAUGCAAAAUCCAUCUGCCAGACAGUGGUCUGGACUUGCUUCCCCCCGAGUUAAGGAUGUUGUGGUGGGAUGGAUAUCCUUCAGAAAGUCUCCCAUCAAAGUUCUCUCCCCACAACCUCGUUGAACUUCGUAUUCGACACAGCCCUCUGGUGCAAACUUGGGAUGGAGUUCUGGAAUUUGUGAACCUAAGGUGGUUCGACUUAUCAUAUUGCGUAAAUCUUGCAAUCGUCCCAGAUCUGUCGAAGGCCACACAUCUGGAAUCACUCAAACUUACGGGAUGCAAAAGCAUAGUUGAGCUGCCUGCCUUCAUCGAAUACCUUGACAAGUUAGUCUUAUUAGACCUAGGGUAUUGUGAAAACCUCGAGAUCCUCCCGCACAAACUUGGCUCCAAACAACUCAAGCACAUCAUCCUCUACAAUUGUAAGAAGAUCAACCAAUGCCCACAUUUUUCAAGCAAAUGGGAAACCUUAGACUUGCAUGGCACCCCGGUUACAACCUUGCCCACUGCAAUCCACAAAGUCAAAGAAGCCCGAAAGCUUUACCUCCAUGGUAAAAACAUUACCAAUUUCCCCGAGUUCUCUACAAAUAUAAAGGAGUUUCGUUUGUGUCACACGUUAAUAGAAAAAAUGCCACCAGAACAUUGCAAAUAUCUUGAUUCCCUCCCUAGGUUUGCUCAACUAGUGCUCGUUGAAAAUUCAAAGCUAGGUGUUCUCUCUAGAACCAUAUGGAAGUUGGUCUCGAGCGAGCUCAUCAUUGUAGGUUCUCCCAUGCUGGAAACACUCCCAGAGCUUAGAAGUGGAGAUUUGGCCGUUAUGGACGGGUUAAGGCUGCUACUGGUGGAAAACUGCGCGGCUUUCAAGCGCGUACCCUCCAACAUCAACCGUCUCAAGUCACUGGAGGCCCUAGCGUUAAUCGGUGCAGCAAUCAGAGUGUUGCCUUCAUCGAUACAAGAAUUGGACCAACUUCGUACGUUGGACGUGUCUCAUUGCAAGAGUUUGGAGUCCAUUCCGAGUGGCAUUAGUAGGCUUCAGAAGCUAGCCCAAAUUUACUUGGUGGGCUGCGAGAGCAUUCGCUCUUUACCUCAACUUCCAGAGAAUGUGAAGACUUUAGCAGCAGGGUGUUGCAAGUCUUUACAAGCUGUUUCGAGCAACAACUUCGGGAAGCUGCGUUUUCGCCACCUCAGCUUCGUGAGUUGUCUCCAACUGGACCACAAGUUGCUUGGUCGGUUGCUGGCCAAAUUGCCACUUCAUGAUGGGACGACGACGUCAUCGCUUCAAACUCAGUAUGGUGGGAGUGGUAGGGAGAGGCACCCUACAACAAUUGUAUAUCCCGGGAGUGAAAUUCCAGAAUGGUUUCCUUAUAAGAAGAUGGGAGAUGAGGUAACAGUUCCUUUGCCGAGAAACUGCAGGCGACUGAAGGGAAUUGCGUUGGCAAUCGUGUAUUCUGUAGGACCGUCCAGCAAGAAUAUUGUCGCCAAACAGACGACGGACAUGCAUAUACACAUGAAAUGUGCAUGUUUCUCCAACUCUGAUGGUGGCCACGACGAUAGCUCUAGUGCCGCUGUAACAUCAUGGAAUAUUUGUAUGAGCGAUUUGCAUGACUCUGUCUCUACAGAUCAUGUCUUUCUAUUUGUUGCUCAUAAACCCGAGGCCACUCCGUCAUCUGGAGAUCAAGAAGAAGAAGAAGAAGAAGAAGCAGCUUGGUAUUUGAGAUACUCUGGGCUUGAUGUUACAUUUCGAUUCUGCACACAUGCAAAGAGUGAAGAUAUAAAGCUUUGCAAAAUCAAGCAGUGUGGGGUAUCACUAACUUUUCAUAGUUUUGGGAAUCUUUGAUUCUAUGUCUUGGGAAAUUGAUGAUAGGCUAGGCUUUGUCAGGGGUGUUGUUUCCAUUAACUUAAACUAGUUUUUUAGCCCGCGCUUAAACUUACGUAAUACACUUGUUUUAUUGAUACAUACGAAAUAAUUAUGACUUUAAAAAAAAUGAUGUAUUUAGUAAUUUGAAUAAUUAUUAAGCGGCAAGACUUAUGUAAUACGUUUGUUUAACUGAUACACUAUCUCUCAAAAAGUUUAAUUCUGUUGAAGAAUAGUGCUAAGUUACGAACUUAUAUUACAAAGGCUUUGUGUAAUGCAAAUAGAUGGUAGUUAUUACAUUAGCAAUUUGUCUAUUACCGUUAGUAAUUUUAUAAAUCAUUUCUUAAUUAAAAUACUAAAAUUUGGAAUGUUGACUUUCGCGUGUCUCUUCCAAGUCAGUAUCAUGUGGUCAAGUCAAUGUUAUUAACAAAACUGCUAACGCAAAGGGUAACACAUGACUAAUAUUUUGUAUUUUGAAAGAUUUGGCUAAUAAUUCAAAAAUAUUAAAAGGUUUGCCUAAUAAAUUGUAUUUAACCUGAUGUGAUUCGAUAAUAUGAUAAAUAUUGUAGUUAGUAACAAAGGAAUUUAUUACAGAUUCAGCAGAUCUAUGCAAUUGAUCAUACAAAAAUGCAAUUAGAUAUGUUUAGUUGGAUGAUCAGGGUUCUGUGAGAGUACUCCAAUCAUAAAGAGUGCCCUUUGUGUGUAAUUCCUCACCUACUUUUGCAUACAGCCGGUCCUAGGUUAGAAUUUUGAUUAAAAAACACAAUAAAUUGGCCAGUGAACAGUGAAUUCACCAAAGGGGUUGGUUUGCCGGUUUAGCGUUAUUUUCCGUAAGGAACAGUAAAAUUAAUUAAUUAAUUAAAAGCACAAAUUACCUCUAAUUACUUUUACUGUUCCUCACGAAAAACCCGGUAAACCCAAGCUCUUUAUCGAAAACACUGUUCAUAGGUAUUUAUUGUAUUUUUUAAUUGUAGUUCUAACCUACGGCCGGAUGUAUAGUGCACACAAGCAUAAAAGGAUUUACACACAAAGAUGCAGCGAGGUGUACUAUUAUAUUCCCAUUCCCAUUGCCAUGCAACUAUAAAUAUAACUGAUUGAGUUUUUACAUUUUACAUGAUCAAUUGUGCUUAAUCAAUUUGUAUUACACAAACCUUUCAUUAGUUCAUAGCGUAAACUUUUAUUGUUAACUAUAAUUUUUACCAUGUCACUAUAGCAAAGUCCAAUAGUUUAAUCAAAUGUGAUAUUUCCAUAAUUUUAUUUAUUAUUGGACCACAAAUUAUGAAAAUUUUACGUAACAAUAUUCUUUAAAAGUUACGUAAAUUACAAAUAUGUUAUGUCAAACUUAUAUAGAGGUAGUUAUUUAUUAUGUAUCAAAUAAUCAAAACAUAAUGUGCUAAGUCUUCUUAAUAAUUAAGACAAUACAUAAAUCUUAUAGAUAGUGGAUAGUCAUUUAUUAUGUAUAAAUUAAAAAAAAUAUUACAUCAUGCUUCCGUACAUCAAUUUUUAACGAAAAUGUCAAUAUUACUAACCAAAUGGUUGAUCAUCUCAUUAAUUUGCAUUAUACAAAGGUUCUAUAAGGUUAGUUAUAUUUUACAUAAUAAUUUAAUCAAAUGCGAUACUUUUC